AUGAUGGAAGACCCGAGCAGGCAUGCUCUGCUCGAGCUUUGCACAAGAGCAACGCUGCAAGGCAACACCAUUUCGGUGAGGAUGCUCGACUUUCUCGGCGCCGUCAAGCACCCACCCUUUGGCUUCAAGCACCUGGCGCAGGACUUUCUCGACAUCUGUAGGAUCCUCUGGGCCAUCGAGGCCGGGUUGACCGAGUGCUUCCGCUCCGGGCAGCACUUCCCCGAAGACAUGGUCAAGGAGCUCCACGCAAAGUUCCAACAGACAAACGCCGACUUUGUCAUCCUGGAUCAGAUGAUGCGCGAGUUCCUGGGUUACGAGAACGGCGGCGUGGGCGGCAAGCUCCGCAAGGGCUGGCGGAUGAUGUUUGCCGACAAGUCCAUCGCGCGGAUGAGGGACUCGCUCGGCAAGUCGCGGGACGCCCUGAGGAUGAGCGCUCUUGUGUUCCAGUGGUCGCUGGGCAGCGCCUCCCCAGACGACGCGGCCGGCUCGGGCUACGUAGGCCUGGCUGCUGCUCUGGACCGCAUGGCUCGGGGCCGAUCCACCACCAACCUCAAAAAGUCGCCAUCAUUUGAAGAGAUCAACCAAAAGGACGGCGGGGCCGCACCGCAGCUGGACCUACCCAGGAUUCCUUCUCUUUCCCCCCAGAUAUCAGCAAUGCCAAUCGGCAUACCAGAGAGGGCUUCGUCGGCCACGCGCUCGCAGACCGACGUCACGAGGGACCACCAUGAGGACCAGCCCAGCCCUGGCCACCUCCGCCGUCUCAGCUCCAACAGGAAUCCAUACAACAGUCUAAGUCACAGGUCUGACAGCAGAAGCCUGAACGACAACCGCAGCCUGACCACAGCCGACGAUCGCGAUUCGGUGGUGACGGGCAACCGGAGGCGAGAGCCCACCAAAAGGCCAGAGGUUCCCACGGUUACAGGAAAGGUCUACAACGUUUCUGGGCGUCUCACAAAAUUGCCCAAGAAUAACAACGCACCUUCAGAAAAGAGUGUCGGCUCGGGCCGCUUGGGCGCCGGUGCAAAUCUCCGCCUCGAAAACAGCCCUCACCGUCCCAGGUCUCUGGUGCAAGACGACAAUGUUUCUCCGGGCCUGACGGAUGCGGAUACGUUGCUUGACGAUCUGGAAAGCCUGGACCUGAGCGGCCCCAUCAAGGCCGUUCGGAUCCACGCGGACCCUCAGCAGAUGCCCCGCUGGCAACCGAGAAACGCCGCCGCGGCCGACAACCCCAACCUGCGGAGUGCUCUCGCAGGGGCCGUCCAGACGCAAAAGCACAAGGUCGUCGAGCAGCUCCUCGACCGCGGCGUUGCCCCAGACACCCACCCGGAAGACGUGCACAUCCUCAGGGAGGCGAUACUCAACCGCGACCUCGAGACCGUCCGGCUCCUCCUCUGCUUCGGGGCGGACCCCAACUCUGCAGACUCGGACGGCGUCACGCCGCUCCUCUAUGCCGUCGAGGUCGGCUUCCUCGAGGGGACGCAGCUGCUGCUCAAAUACGGCGCCGACCCGAACCUCUCCGGCACCGACGUCCCGGGCCCGGAGCUGCCGCUGGGCAUAGCCAUCGCCGAGCAGCGACCCGAGCUGGCCCAGCUGCUGCUCACCUACGGGGCCGACGUCAACGUGCAGUUCGCGCGGGGCAGCACGCCGCUCAUCUCGGCGGUCGGCGGCCGCGACGCGUCCCUGCGGCUGGUGGAGCUGCUGCUCGAGUACGGGGCCGACGCCAACGCCAAGAGCCGCGAGGGCAAGUCGGCGCUGUUCGAGGCCAUCACCAACGGCGGCCGCGUCGACGUCGUGACGGCCCUGCUGGACCACGGCGCCAACCCAAACCUCCCGGGGCCGAAGCACAUGCUGUGGCCGUCGACGUCCCAGCCGUCCUGCCUCGAGUUGCUGCUGGCGCGCGGCGCGGACCCCAAAAAGACGCCCGGCGUGCUGGAGCUCGCGACGUCCAUCAACAACGCCGAGGCGGUCCGGAUCCUGCUCGCGGCCGGCGUCGACGUCAACGCCCGCAAGGACGGCGUGUGGACGCCGCUGUGCACGUCGAUCCGCGACGACCGCAGGGACCUCUUCGACAUGAUGCUGGCCGCGGGCGCCGACCCCAACCUCGCCUCGGCCGAGUACCCCUGCUUCAAGUGCGUGACGCACUUCCGCACCGAGUACUACCUGCCGCGGCUGGUCGAGGCGGGCGGGGACCUCUCGUCGCCGCCCGGGAUCUGCGAGACGGCCGUGGCGGUCGGCAACACGGACGCGCUGGCGUGGCUGCUGGCCGAGAAGCGGGCGGACCCCAACGACCGCAGCGCCGAGGGCCGCACGGCGCUGACGACGGCCAUCCGGGAGAACAAGCCCGACAUGGUGGACGCGCUGCUGCGGGGCGGGGCGGACCCCAGCGUGCGCGGGGAGGGGUGGCCGGUGCACAUGGCCGUGGGCCACCCGCACAUCCUGCAGAAGCUGCUGGCGGUGCUGAGCGACCCGGGCGCCUUCCGGGGCGUGCUGGAGAUGGCCGUGGUGGCGGACCAGCUCGAGAGCGUCAAGCUGCUGCUCGCCGCGGGCGUGAGCAUCGAGGACCGGCGGAGCGGCGUCUUCUCCCCGCUCACCUCGGCCAUCCGCGAGGGCAACAAGAAGAUGGUGCGGUUCCUGGUCGAGGACGCCGGCGCCGACGUCAACUCGCCCGGCGAGCACCUGCCGCUGGUCAAGGCCGUGCGGAGCUACAAGGGCGACGGCGACAUGGACGUCCUCAACCUGCUGCUCGACAAGGGCGCCGACGUCAACCGCAUGUACCGCGGCUGGAACGGCGUCAUGCAGGCCGUCGAGAGUGGCGAGCUGUCCGUGUUGAGGCUGCUGGUCGACCAUGUCCGCAAGACGCCCGGCGGCGCCGUCGUCGACCUCGAGCUCAAAGACGACACUGGCCGUACGGCCGUCGAUAUUGCUACCAGCCGUUGCUGGACCGAGGCGGUAGAAAUUUUGAAGCAGGGGCAGCCAAAGAAAUGA